GCGGGGCGGCGGCGGCGGUCCAGCUCGGUCACGGUGUUCUGCGCCCGCCGGAGGUUCGCGGUCAGACGCCGGUCCACGCCCAAACUCAGGUCCAUUAAGCCACACCUCCUCGGACCCUCCAUGCUAUUGGCCAGCCUGGUGCAGAUGGGAGGGGGCGGGGCCAGCCCUCAGGGCGGGGGGAGCGACGGCGACGCCUCGCUGUCGUCCUGCUCCGGGUCCGAGGACGGAGACGAAGGGGAGGAGGGGAGGGAGGGGCAGGAGGACCAUCGGACAGACUCACAGCCCCGCGAUCCGUCAGGAGAACGCCCCCCUCGCUCCCGCCCCCCCCUCUUCCAGGGCGUGGGCGUGGACCAUCUCAAGCCCCGCCCCUUGCUCCGCCCCCCCCGCUGCCUGCGGCGGAACUCCUCCCACCUGCUCCCCGGUGACGCCCCCUACGGCCGCUACCACCGCCGGCGGUCUGCCCAGGCCGGCCUCCCCCUCCACGUGGGGCUGAUGAGACCGCCCGGUUACCGCAGCGACGGGAGUCUGGGAGAGGGGAGGGGCCGGCACACCCUGGAGCCCACGCACUACGACCCCAGCCUAGACACAUGGGAGGCCUUCCUGACGAAAGCCAUCUCUAAGUCGGGCCUCCACCACCUCCCCUACCAGCUGAGCAGCUCCUCUCUGAACCGCGCCGACCCAGACCGACCAAUCAGCAGCUCCGUGGACUGGGGGGAGGCGGCGGUUUACGGGGACCAUGUCUGGUUUGAGACCCACGUCUCGGGGGACUACUGCUACGUUGGCGAGCAGCACUGCAUCGCCAAGACCCUGAAGUCGGUGAGUCGAAGGAAGUGUGCGGCCUGCAGGAUCGUGGUGCACACCAUCUGCAUGGAGCAGCUGGAGAAGAUCAACUUCCGGUGCAAGCCGUCCUUCAGGGAGUGGGGCCCGCGCAACUUUAGGGAGCCCGUUGUGGUGCGCCAUCACUGGGUCCAUCGAAGGCGACAGGAGGGAAAAUGUAAACAAUGUGGAAAGGGCUUCCAGCAGAAGUUUGCGUUCCACAGUAAGGAGAUCGUGGCUAUCAGCUGCUCCUGGUGCAAACAGGCGUACCACAACAAGGUCAGCUGCUUCAUGCUCCAGAGGAUCGAGGAGGCGUGUCCUGUGGGCGCCCACGCCGCCCUCGUGGUCCCGCCCACCUGGAUCACACGGGUCCGACGGCACCAGGCGUCCACCAAGGCCAACAAGAAGAAGAAGAGGACCUCCUUCAAACGAAAGAGCAGCAAGAAGGGAAUGGAGGAGGGGCGGUCCUGGCGGCCCUUCGUCAUCCGACCAAUCCCCUCCCCUCUGAUGAAGCCUCUGCUCGUCUUCGUCAACCCCAAGAGUGGGGGGAACCAGGGCACUAAGAUCAUGCAGUCGUUGAUGUGGUACCUCAACCCCCGACAGGUGUUCGACCUGAGCCAGGGGGGGCCCAAGGAGGGACUGGAGCUCUACCGUAAGGUGCCAAACCUGAGGAUCCUGGCCUGUGGGGGAGACGGGACGGUGGGAUGGAUCCUGUCCUGUCUCGAUGAGCUGGAGGUGAGCCCCCCCCCUCCGGUGGCCAUCCUGCCCCUCGGGACGGGGAACGACCUCGCCCGGACCCUCAACUGGGGAGGGGGCUACACAGACGAGCCGGUCUCUAAGAUCCUCUCCCACGUGGAGGACGGGCUGGUGGUGCAGCUGGACCGCUGGAACCUCCGCAUGGAGGCGGGGCCUGGCCCCGGGGGGGCGGGGCCCAGCCAGGGGGGGGCGGGGCCCAACGGGGGCCCGGGGGGCGCGGACCCCGAAGAGCAGCAGGCCGACAAGCUCCCCAUGGAUGUUUUCAACAACUACUUCAGCCUGGGCUUCGACGCCCACGUCACCCUGGAGUUCCAUGAGUCCCGAGAGGCGAACCCUGAGAAGUUCAACAGCCGCUUCAGGAACAAGAUGUUCUACGCUGGGACGGCCUUCUCUGACUUCCUGAUGGGCAGUGCCAAGGACCUGUCCAAGCACAUCAAGGUGGUGUGUGAUGGUGUUGACCUGACCUCUAAGAUCCAGGAUCUUAAACUCCAGUGUCUGGUAUUCCUCAACAUCCCCAAGUACUGCGCGGGCACCACCCCCUGGGGUAACCCCGGCGACCACCGCGACUUCGAACCCCAACGACACGACGACGGCUACCUUGAGGUCAUCGGCUUCACCAUGACGUCCCUGGCCACGCUGCAGGUCGGAGGUCACGGUGAGCGGCUGAACCAAUGCCGAGAGGUCACCCUCACCACCACCAAGCCCCUCCCGGUCCAGGUGGACGGGGAGCCGUGCCGUCUGGCCCCCUCAGUGAUCCACAUCAGCCUGAGGAACCAGGCCAACCUACUGCAGAAGACCAAGACCAGGAGCUCUCUGCCUCACCUCAAUGACCAGCAGCCCCCCCCUGAGAGGCUGCGGCUCCGUGUGAACCGGAUCACCAUGCACGACUACGAGGCGCUGCACUACGACAAGGACCGGCUCCGGCAGGCCUCCCUCCCCCUUGGCCUCAUCGUUGUCCCGGGAGACGGAGAUCUGGAGGUCUGCAGGGUCCACAUCGAGAGGCUGCAGGAGGAUGUCUGUGUCUCCGACCCGGCUUCCUGCUGUUCUCUGCUGCAGGAAGAGGGGGCGCUCCUCAAGCUGUCAUCCCAACGUCUGUCCCCUAAGUGGUGCUUCCUCGACUCGACCACCGCGGACCGCUUCUACAGGAUCGACAGAACCCAGGAGCACCUGAACUUUGUGUCAGAGAUCUCCCAGGAGGAGCUGUUCAUCCUGGACCCUGAGCUGGUGGUCAUGAGGACCGUGGGGACCUCCGCCAUGCCGGACCUGCUCAGCCCCGCCUCCAGCGUGGAGGACCCCCCCCGAGAGAGCGACGAGGCAGACGGACUCCCCCCUGCCUCCCCCUCCUCCCCCACGUCUCCCGCCUCCUCCAGCGACGCGGGCCACAGACUGAGGGUCCUCAGUGACGGCUCUCUGACCGACGGGCUGGGGAACCCGGUGCACACCGAGAAGAAACUCAAGAGGGCUGGGUGUAUCCAUCGGUCCAACACCACCGCUGCCGAUUUCCAAUCUGCAAGCAGGAAAGACUUCAUCCACCUGGAGAGGAAGGAGGCGGAGCCGGUGAUGAAGGAGGCGGAGCCAGGGAGAAAGGAGGCGGAGCCAGGGAGGAACGAGGCGGAGCCUGGGAAAGGCUCUCUAGAGAUGCUGAUUCAGUCUGUGAAGCAGACAGACCUGAAGAGGCUCCAGGAGCUCCACGCGGGGGGGGCCGACCUGGCCGCGCUGGAUGCCGCCGGCUGCACUCUGCUGCACCACGCCGUCGCCGCCGGCAACAAGGAGGUGGUGCGUUACAUCCUGGACCACGCUCCCACUGAGCUCCUGGAUGUGGCGGAGAAUCUACAGGGUGAGACAGCGCUCCACCGGGCCGCGUCUCUCUGUCUGAGGACCAUCUGUCACUACCUGGUGGAAGCUGGGGCCUCCCUCAUGAAGACAGACCUGCAGGGGGACACGCCGAAGAGCAGAGCGGAGAAGGCGAGCGACUCGGAGCUGGCGGCCUACCUGGAGAACCGCCAGCACUACCAGAUGAUCCAGAGGGAGGACCAGGAGACGGCGGUCUGAGGAGGGGACCCCUCCUGGUCUGAACCUGGAGGGUCUUCACCGGCGGGGGGGGCAGGCACCGGUCUGAAGGAGAGCGGAUCACUUGGAGGUGGUCUCCUUCAGGCGACGGGGGUCCACACUGGUGUUGAGUUUCCAGGAAUGUUGUGGGAUCUUCACCCCCUGGUCCUGGAGUUGUUGAGACCGGUCUAGCUCCUGGACUCCAAUCCUCAAACCAGGUCUGGAAGAAGAACAAGAACAAUGUAUAUAAUCAGGUCUGAGGAGGAUAUCUGGAUCUCUGACCUCACAGAGAGACAUCUUCUUCUUCACACAGUGCUCUGUAGAGGAAUUUUAAGACCCUUAAGAUUGGCCCCUCAAACGGCCCCUCAAAUGAUUUGAGAUCUUUUCAUUCGGACUCAGAAGACCCGGGAUGUCAAAGCCAUAUCCACACGCUGCCAGGAGCUGACGAUCCCCGCUGUAGAACCAACAACAGAUCGACCCCGCUCGCAAUCAGGGACUGAAAAACACGUCUGCCGUUGAUUCAACGUCCGAGCAGGAAAAACAAUCGUAAAGAUUCCACUGAGGAUCUGUGGACGAGGAAGGCUUUGUGAAACCGUCCUCUGAUUCGCUCACUUAAUUGGUAGUGCUCGUUAGAACAAAGUCUUAACGAUUCUUUUCCUCAGACUGUAACGAUACAGGCCAAUCCCAUCGUCUGGUUUCAAAGCGACUCUGAAGAAUGGCUGCGCUGCUGAAAUUGUUUUUUUUGCAAAUUGCCGCACAAGUGAUCGUUUUCCCUGAAGCUUUCGUCGCCAGAACGGCUUUUUGACGAGUGAUGAUUGCUGCUUUUGUACUGACGUGUUGUGUGCGAACUUUGUGCGACAGACGAGUGUGCAUGGAAUACAAUUAAAUCGGUUGCCUUUAAGUAUUUGUGUGUGUGAAAUAAACCAUUUUUGGAAGGUUCAGGACAUUCCCAAAGCACAAAGCUCUAAGUGCGUAUGAGUGUUCAUCCACACAGAAGCUGAUUGGCUUGAUUAACCCCCCCCAGAACCAGAAAUCCAAAUAUGGGUAUUUUUCUUUGCACGCCAUUUUGAAUCAUCUUUGUGGCAAAUACGCUUUUUCUUUGGAUCAUAUGACCUAAAAAGCCUUUCAGGUCAACUGACUCACUUAAGUCAGUUCUUAAAUCGGUUAUUUGGUCAGUUAUAGGAAGCUUUUCCAGCAAGAUAAACCUCUGAUUUAUUACAACUUUAAAUACACACUUUUAUACAAAUUGCCUUUUUUAAUAUCGUCAGUAGUUGUGUUUGGAAUUAUGGACUGUUGCCAGGUUUGGAUUGUAUAUCAGAUUUGAAUUCGAGUGGUGAUUUUGCGUCAUGUUUUAUUAAUAACUCGUUAAGAAGUGGAGAAGGAGAAUCAUGAUUUAAAUAUGUUCAUAGUUCAGAUAUUCAUAAUUAGUCUGUAUAUAAUCUGUCAUCAAAUGUGUCGAGACAAUCUGAAUCUCUUUAAAGCAAUUCUCAGUUUGCUGCCUCUAAACAGACGUACAAUCAAAGGAUCUGCUUUUCAAAGUGGGUUUUUAAGACUUUUUUAUACAAUCACAGUCAGAAAUAGGAUUUUUCUUCUUGCCAAAGUCAAAGGCAGCAUUUCAGAAAUGCAUUCAGCAUUUUUCAUUUUUCCUUGAACUCACUGCACUGGACAAGGAGUUCUCACACUUCUACAUAUCUAGAAGGCAGCAAACACAGCUGCAAGACAACUUUGACAAUAUCUCAAAUGACAAAAAGCAUGUUAUUUACCAAAUUGUAAGCGGCAUGUCUGGUGUUUUCGUGUUCAAAUUGUUACAUUUAAUUUAAUUAAAUGGAAAAUUAAAUUAAAUUAAAAAUUGAAUUUUUAUUGAACUGCAAAUCACAGCGAUAUUGAGAAAACGCUUAUUUUCAGCGCACACUCUGAUAUCUUUUCAACUUUUUUCAUUUGCAACUCGCGCAAACAUUUAAGUUUUAGAUUUCUCCGAUGGGACUUACGAUGUCCAGUCCAUUUAUUAAUUAACCGGUUGUCUCCGUGCUGCUUGGCUUUGUAAUUAGUUAUUUUGUGUUCGAUAGCUUUAUAUGUAAAUCAAUAUUUUCUACCAAUGGAAUAUUUGGAGCCUGUUUGAGUAAUUUUUUUUUUUAAGUGAUUGUUAUAUCUGUAUUUUGUAAGUAUGCUUAUCAUAAUAUUUAGCUUGGUAUGGGAUUUAAAAUGUUUAUUUAAGGGAAUAAAAGUGUUUAUGGAAUGUCAUCUUUACAUAUUUUUCUCUUUUGUUUCUUUAGAAGAUUUUGUGUUGAUUCCUAGAACAAAUGUUUACAAUCCUGACUUUAAGAGCUUUUAAACGAAAUCAAGAGUCAAUGUGUACAAAAAGGAUACCAGGGGGCGGAGCCUAAAUAGAUGACGGGGCGUCGACAGAACGUUGGCUGCGGAGGAGGAGCGCAUGCGCACUCUGAGCUCCCCAGGGACCUUUCUGGGCACAAGAAGCCGCGUUUCACCGGUUAGCGUCUGCCUCCAAUUACACCGAAAUAGCUCCGUGGUUAAAGUAUUUAUCAAGAUUAUCUGCAGAGCAUCUGUUGUCAAGAUAUCUAUAAUAUAUAUAUAAAAUCGAUCAGCCAUUUUCCUGAUUCUUUCCUUUUAACGUCAAUAAAUGGGUAUGAUUAAGGUUAACACUUAAGUAUAUAUUUUUUUAUCUCGGUUCGGAUUGGGUUAAUGAACCACACAACCGCCUUGGUUUACCGUCUAUCCAAACCACCAAGUAUUCACGGUCAAAACUUAAGCUAUUAUAUUAUAUUAUAUUAUAGUAAUAGAUGUAAAGCUGCCCCAAAAAGUAUUAAUUAAUCGUUCGAGUUAUAAUUAAUAAAAAAAACAAAGUAAACCGUUGUGGGUUCAGAUCUCAACACCUGGCACUGCGCAUGCGCGUCCCUUGGAGAGCGGUUCAUCUCCCCAGCAGUGAAUGUGGUCCGACCCCCCACGGACAGGAUCCCAUUGUAGCCUGGGUACUUAAAAUGCCUCGGGAGUGGAUGACUUCACCCCACAUACUUACCCUGAUGGCCCCGUCAAAAAACAACAC